AUGACUCAAAAUGAUGAAACUUUUAAAUUCUUUUCAUCGUUCGAUCAUCACCCUUUGACUGGUCGCAUUUGGCCAACAAAAGCAGGUCCACUUCGAGCUGUGCUACUGAUCGUACAUGGUUACGGUGAACAUUGCCAACGAUAUAGACAUAUGGCUGAUUUCUUCACUAAUUAUCAAAUCACAUGUAUUAGCUACGAUAUGCGCGGUCAUGGCGAAUCUCAAGGAGAACGUGGCUUCACGUCCCACGUGAAUGCUCUUUUCGACGAUCUUGAAUCUGUUAUUGUCUACAUUCGUCAGGAACUUUAUCUUUUUGUACCAAUCAUCAUCUAUGCACAUGGUACAGGAUCAGUGCUUUGUGCUUCUCAUUGUAUACGUAGAUCAUCACAACCACUCGAUUGUCAAGCUAUGAUUUUAAGCACACCUUCUAUAUGUGUAAAACAAAGUUUCUCCAAAUUUGUAAUCUUUGUUGCACGGGCGUUUGCAAAUUUAAGUCCUCAUUUGCGACUACCAGUGGAGGGUAAUCACACUGCUCAAUAUUCCAAUGAUCCAGAGGUUGUAGAAGCCUACAGAAAUGAUCCACUUGUUCAUGAUCGAUGGCCUGCCAGUACGUGUGCGAUGUUUAUUGAAUUAGGAGCUCUUUUGAGAAAGGAAAAUAUCAAUUUAUUUUGUCCGGUACUCGUGCAACAUGGUGAUGCUGAUAUUAUCACUCAGAUUCGAUACGUUGAAAUAUGGGCUUCCGAGCAAUUGAUCGGAAAUGUUAAUUUUAAAAGAUGGCCAGGACAUUUUCAUGAAAUACAUAAUGAUUGUGGCAAGGAGGAAGUGUUUCGUUUCUUAUUAGAAUGGAUGACGCAGAAUGUGUUCCAAAUUUACUAUGUUUGA